AACCCCACCAUCCCCUUCCCUUCCACCCUCUUUUCUCUUCUCAUUUCCUCCCAUGCUUUUCCUCUCCUCUUUAGCUCAAAGAACAACAAAUAAGAAGAAAAAUACGAGCAGUACUCUUGCUUGAUCUUUCCUCUUCUUCUCUUGGAAAUGAGAUGGGGAGCAAAGGAGCUGCGUCAUCGCCAUCGUCGGCCGUCUGUUGCAUGUGCGGCGAUCACGGGCUGCGGCAAGAGCUCUUUCGAUGCAAGGUCUGCCUUGUUAGGUCUCAGCACAAAUACUGUAGUAAUCUCUAUCCGAAAGCCGAAUCCUACCGAGCAUGCAACUGGUGUCUGAGGGAGGAAGGAGGGAAGCCUCUCUCAAAGGAAGCCACCACGGAUCAUAACAGCUCAAUCUCUUCAGCUUCUACUAAUGCUGACAAUAGCAGUGCCGGUGGUGGCUCGGGAGGAAAGAUCCAUCGAGGGGCUUUCUCACCACAGCUUAACAAGCCUAUCAAGAAACAAAGAUCGCUGGAUCGACCGGCGCCGGAUGCAACUGACCGGAUGCGCUCGGAAGAGAUCUCACCAAGCUCGGGAAGGGGAAGGCAGGUCUUCAGAGGAAAAGUCCGGAGGUAUAAGCUCUUGGAAGAGGUCUCUAGUUAAUCCUCCCCUUAUAUAUGUAAGUUAAAAGUUAAAUAACUCUUCUUCCACGAACUUGAGACCAUCUGAGAUGAAUGAAGUGCAUGUUUUCGACUCUUCUUUUCA